UUAAUGUGUCUACUUCUUUCAUUUGCAACUAUGGUGCUUACUGCCCCAAUCAGAGCGCGAAGAGAAAAAGGGUUAAGCAAUCUAUAUGAUACACUUGGCACAACUACCGAAAAGGCCAUUCCUGCAAAUACAACAGAAUACCCUACACCUAAGAACGAGCAAGAGUCUGAAGCUGCAAACUCAGUCACAGAAAGGUCUGAGGCUAAAUCUACAGCGAGUUAUGGCAGCAAUGGAUUUACAGAUGCAUUAAAAGGCCUUGACAGUGAUGUGACCAAGAUUCCCAAAGCUGAGGAGAAAUACGCAGCACCAUCGGGGGAUAAAACCAAUGUGGGGUCAAUGGAUCUGAGCAGCGUGCCGGUUCAGGGGAGCAGGGAACAAAGUGGGCCACUCGAGAAACAAAAAGCAAGCGGUGAGGAAGGAGUGAUGGUGGAGGCUCAGGAGGUUGAACAUUUGUCAGGAAAACCAGUUGUUCGUUUGAGUAAAGACAGAGUGACUGGUAGUGUCCAAAAAAAGGCAACACCAGGAAGAGUUCAUGGGUUGAAUGGGAUGCUGGCUCCAGGUCCAGGCAGAGUACCGCUGGAUUGGGAUAGUUUGGAGUACCACAAUGGCAGACCUGCUCCAGUGGGCAUCAGAGGAGAUCCAGACUAUGACGAAACCAGAGAGUUUAUGAGCCAUGAAAUGUAUCCAAUAGUUCCUCCAGAGCAGAGCCCCAGUACCUUCGCUGUUCCAGCAAAGAUCAGAGCCACCGUAUGAUCAGAGAUUCUAUUUCUUCCUAAUAAUGAGUCAGGGGCUGCCAUCUGUUGAGUCAUAGGAGGCAGACUGGCUGUUUCCCAAUUCGGGGGCUUUUUCAUCCAAAUGUAGAUGUUUUUCCUUCUUUUUUUCUUAAAUAAAUAAACAGGUUUAAAAAAACAAAACGUGUUAGACUUACUAGAAACUGGUCAAAACUGCUACAGCAUGAUAUUUGGUUGAAGAUUGUAGUUUACAUUUUAAAUCUAAAUGUACUGAAAAUGUGUCUUUUGUCAGAUCCCUGUAUUUGUUAAC